AAAAGAAAAAACAAUGAAACAUUCAUGUUAAUUUUUCAUUAGAUAUUGUAGUAUAUUGGAUCAAUCAUCAAUUAAAGAUACUACUUUAACAGAACAAUUUUUUUCACUUGCUUCAUCACUAACUAUGUCAACAAGUACAUGGCAUAAACUUCUUAGCGAAGAAUCAUUAGAAGAAUAUCAAACAAGAUUACUUAAUAAUCUUGAAGAAUUAUAUCAACUUAAAUGGGAUAAAUUAUAUGUAGAAUCGCUUCGAAAUACAUUUACUAAUUCUGAAAAUUUUAAUAAUCUUUCAUCGAUUAAAAAAGCUUUAUUUGUUAUUGAAACUAUAGUUGUAAAUCGAAUCUCAAUAAAAUCACAUAUAGAACGUAUUAUAAAUAAUAUAACUAAAAGUUCUUCAAAUAGAUGGAUGAAUGAAUUAAAUAAAAUUGUUAAUGAACAAAAUAAAAGUAAAUCAUUAAAAAAAUUACUUCAAGAAUUAGGUGAAGUGAAUUCAUUCAUAAAUCUUGAUAAUUUGGAACAACAAUAUAAAAAAGUAAUGAAAUAUUAUGAAAAAGAAACAAUACGAAUGACAUCAUUUGAGAUUCAAACUCAACAAAAUUAUAUUGAUGAAUAUUAUAAAAUAGCUGUUAUUAUUCAAGCUGUUUAUAUAUUUAAACAAGUACGACCAAGAGAUAUUCAAAUUUUAUCACUUCUUCUUUUCAUUGAAAAUGAACGUAAAAAACAAGGACGAUUAGCUCAAAUACGUACAGGUGAAGGCAAAUCAAUUAUUGUAGCAAUGUUGGCUGUAUAUUUAUCAUUAGAAUCAUCAAAAAAAUAUGUUGAUAUUAUAACAACAUCAGAAAUUCUUGCUCAACGUGAUGCUCAAGAAUUUGCAUCUUUCUAUCAAAUGUUUAAUCUUACUGUUGGACAUAAUUGUCAUGAUCCUUCUGAGAAUUCAAGCUAUAGUUUUGAUAUUAUUUAUGGUACAGUCACACAAUUUGCUGGUGAUUUACUUCGUACUGAAUUUUAUUUAAAUAAAGAAGUACGUGGUGAUCGACCUUAUUCAACAGUUAUUGUUGAUGAAGUUGAUAGUAUGUUUAUUGAUCAACGUGAACAUUUUACACAAUUAGCAUCAUUAACACCUGGUCAUAAAUCAUUAAAUAUUAUAUUAAAAUUUAUUUUUGUAUUUUUUAAAAAAUAUAAUAUUACUGAAAAUAAUGAAUUUAUUAUAAAACAAGAAAAUGGUUUUGUUAAAGG